AUGAAGCCAGAACUGCGGCAGACAUGGACACCAGCCAUCAACGUUCUAACGUGGUACAUGCUGGUGACUUCCAUUUUGAGUGUUCUGACUAGAAUUGGAACGAAGUACUGGAUUUUCCGGAAAUUGACUAUCGACGAUGUUCUCAGCAUUGGGUCGAUGGUCACUUGUAUCGGGCAGUCCAUUGCAGUGUCAAUGGCCACUGCUGCUGGACUGGGUCAACAUUUGAUGACUAUAUCCGAUUCCAACAAGCAGAGCAUGAUGAAGUCUCAAUACGCCGGGGAUAUUCUCUUUAUCAUCAGCAUAUGCUGCUCUAAGCUUGCUAUCCUGUUCUUUAUCCGAAACUUGACACCCGCAACUUUGGAUCGACGCUUUGCUCUUGGCCUGGGCAUAUUCAUCGGCUUAUGGACAGUCGCAGGAGUAUUCACCGCUGCCUUUCAAUGCCCUGUGCCAAGUACUUGGGAUUAUAUCAAUGGGAAAUGUUUUGAUCGGCUAUCUUGGUGGUAUUACUUAGGUAUCACCAACAUCCUGUCCGAGUCCGGAAUCAUAGUGCAGGCAUUAUUAGUUGUGGUUCGCGUACAAGCUGAUAUUCACAAAAAGGUUGUUCUGGGAACAGUCUUCUGUCUCCGGAUUUUUGUGAUUAUAGCCAUCAUCUGUCAACUCGCCUACGGUAGCCAAACGAGAUCCUCCACCGAUUCUUCCUGGGACAGCUGGACAGUCACCGUUUCUACUCAAAUGGCCCAGGCGCUCAGUAUCAUCACAUCGUGCUCCCCGCAAUUCAAACCGUUUUUGGAUAGUCUUCGAUCAUCGGGUAUGAGCCUCGGAGGAACAAGCUACGGAAGCAAACCACGAACCUAUGCGUAUGGAACUACAUACAAAGCCUCUCGUGGUGGGAGGACAGCGGAUACAAGAAGCGAUACUCACGAACUGGUCCCGAUUACAGAACGGAAUGCGACUCACACACUCAUUACAACUACCGCAGAUGACUGCGACGCCGAGAGUCAAUCCAGUGAGUCGAGAAUUAUCCGGGAGACUCGUACUUGGACAGUCACCGAAACCCGACGACAUUGA